AUGUUCCCACAUAAGAACCACGACUGUGAGCACAGUGAAGAUGCCUCUGUGCGGUGCGGACACCGCUGUACCAGUGGAGAUGUGACUCUAGUGAGGGGCAGUGGUCUCUACGAGGGGAGAGUGGAGGUGUGCGUCAAUGAAGUGUGGGGAACAGUGUGCGAUGACAGUUGGAGCACAUUCGAUGCUUAUGUGGUUUGUAAGCAGCUCGGAUACACCACUUCUGGUGACGGGCAGACCUGCACUCGUGAGUUACAGCCUGACAUGUGCUCCAUUGUGCUUCAUACUCUGCUAAAGCCGUGUGCAGCACUGGAUGUGUUAAUGGAGGAUGCACUAGUCCUGGAAUAUGCACUUGUAAUGUGGGAUGGACUGGACCAAGAUGUGAUCAAGCUAUCUGUGAUCGACCAUGUGUCCGUGGAAGAUGCACGGGACCUAAUAACUGUCAGUGCUAUCCAGGCUGGGGAGGCAAGAUCUGCGAUGCACAUGAGACUUGUAAUGAAGGGGCAGUUCAUCUGGUGGGAGGUGAUGAUGAAUCUAGAGGGAGAGUGCUGUAUUGCUAUAAUGGAGCCUGCUUUAGCCAACUAUGGUCGAGGAAUAAGCCCUGUCCUGCCAGUGACGAUUCAGUGUGCCAGUACAAAAAAUGCACUUAUUGACUGCUCAAUGGAAGAACUGGAUAUCAGACAGUGCAGAAAUCUGGCUGGAGUUAACUGUAGAUUACGUAAGAUUGUCCUCCUUUUUGGUGCUCAAUUUUCCAUUGACUCUAUAGAGGAAGCAUGUGACCAUGGUGCAAUACGACUGGUUGGUGGACUAACUGACUCGACUGGAAGACUGGAGUUCUGUGCUCACGGGAUCUGGGGCAGAGUCUGUCAUUAUUUGGAUUAUUGGAGUCCUGACAAUGCCAGAGUAGUGUGCCGCCAACUCAACUUUUCUGAAGAGGGUGCAUUGGUUCUUGACCAUGACCUGGAAAGAUUUGGAACGAGUGACAGAGAUACUUUAAUAGGAGAGGUCUACUGUGUCGGAACAGAACGAGAGCUGCUCGAGUGCUCUCAUCCCCGUAUUGGAUCACAUCGCUGUGAUAAUAAUCGUGACAUCAUUAUUAGCUGCUAUGAUGAGGAAAGGGGGUGUGCAAAUGGAGAAAUGAGGAUACAAGGAGGGUUUGGACCUUCUGAUGGCCAUGUGGAGUUCUGCGUGGACCGAGUGUGGGGACAAGUAUGCAGCGACGGAUGGGAUGCCAACACUACCAAAAUAGCGUGUAGACAACUUGGUUUUGACUCUGAAGAUGGUGUACUAAUUGAUGGGCCUGCAACUGAGAGCCAUUUCCCAAUGUUUUUGAGUCAAGUCACAUGUACAGGCUCCGAGCAUUACCUCAGUGAGUGCAGUUUUGACUUGGAACCGACUGAAGGCUGUACUGGAAUAGCAGUUUCAUGUGGGAGACAGUCGAAUCAAACAAGGUGCACAGAAGCUGGAGCUCCAGCUUCCCAGGAUAAAAACUACAUUCACGGAAAACUACACAGUUAUGGAGAGUGUUUGGAGUACACAUCGCAAUCGACAGUAUGUGACGGUGUAGUGAAGCCUGGGACAGACUAUGUGUAUGCCGCUUCGAGACUGGGAGACCAGAGAACUAUUGCUCAAGUGCUCAAUGAGAACAUAAAGAGUAUAGAGCCAGUUAUUGCUGGGCAUGACAAGGACUGCGUGAAGCUAGUGUUCAGAGCUCUCUGCCAUUUCUACCUCCCUCCCUGUGGUAACUCCACCCACGCUGCUUUUCCCUCCUCAGUCUGUCAGGAGGAGUGUACAGUGGUGCAAGAGAAGUGUGAGACGGUGUGGAACACUAUUCUGUCGGCCUUCAACAGCACAGACCCCGUCAUUCACUGCAAUGAUACUUCCAAGUUGCUGUUCCCAGUCCCGCACUGCUGCUCUGAUAUAUUGCUCGACCCUGAUUCCUUAACUACAUCCCCAGACACAAACUCAUCGCCAGAGAAGGACAGAGGAAUAGUCACUUGGGCUGUGAUUGGAACUACAGUCUUCAUCUUACUAGCAGCAUUGGUGGUGGUUGUUAUCGCGGUUCCACUGGUAGUGCGGUUGGCCUUCAAGAGACACAAGAGAAGGCAAUUGGAAAGGGUACAGCUUGACAUACUUGCCGUACCUGGGCAUGAUGCUCCAGUCUUUGAGUCUACGACUGAAGAAGCAGUGUUCAUGAACAACAUGGAAAUGCAACCGGAAGAGAAAGGAGCUGCAAAGGCACCAGACGUUGUUGGUGUAAAUCUUUAUAGUGCACCGGUGAUAACAAGGCCAGCUUCUGAGCCCAAUAACGCUCCAGUCGCAUGGACCAGGAGGCGAAUUCCCUCCUACAAUAUGAGAGAGCUGGCCAGGGGCAAGUUUCUGGUCAACAGUGAAGAUAUUACACUACUGGACUGCAUCGGUGAAGGAGAGUUUGGAAUAGUCUACAAAACUUGGUUGAGGUCAUCUGAGAAACAAGUGGCUGUUAAAACACUCAAGGGUGAUUUUGACAAGGUGGAGGUGGACAAGUUCUCAGACGAGAGUUUGAAGAUGAGUCGAUUCAAACAUGCUCAUGUGAUGGGACUCAUUGGAGUCUGUCUCGAUGCUGGCUCCGCCCCUUACAUCAUCAUGCCUUAUAUGGCAAAUGGUAGUCUACUGAAGUACCUCAGGAGGCAAAGAAAGAACGUAGUUCUUUCGGAGGAGACAGAUGAAGAUGAGAUAAAGGAGGUCCGUAAGCGACUGAUGGUCAUGUGUUCCCAGAUAGCCAGUGGGAUGGAGUACCUGGCAGACAACAAGUACAUCCACAGAGAUCUUGCUGCUAGGAACUGCAUGAUUGAUGCACAUUCCCUGAUCAAGAUCACAGACUUUGGCCUGUCGGAGGAUGUCUAUGAGAGAAACUACUUCAGGCAGCUGAGUGGGAGUGUAGAGGCUGUGAAGCUGCCGGUCAAGUGGAUGGCUCCAGAGAGCCUCAGCGAUGGACACUUUUCUGAGAAGAGUGACGUGUGGUCAUAUGGAGUGACAAUGUGGGAGAUAUUCAGUGGAGGGAAGUCUCCAUAUCCUGGUACUGAUCCACGCACUCUGACACAGAGUCUGGAAGAGGGAUACCGCUUGCCUCAGCCAUACAAUUCUGCCUGCAGUCAGGAAAUCUAUGGAAUAAUGAGAAAUUGCUGGGAGAUGGCACCUGAGAAGAGGCCGACUUUCAGACGACUUUGUUUGAGUAUUUCAAAGUUUAUUGAGCAUAUGGCAGACUACAUGCAGAUGGAGUACAAUCCCUUCACUGUGGGAAGGGUAGAGGAGGAAGAAGAGCAAGAGUCAGGGGAAGAAAAGAAGGAGGAGGAGGAGGAGGAGGGAAAUGAAGUGGAGGGAGAGGAGAAAGGGAAGACGAAUAGGGAGAAAGGGGAUGAAGGAGAAGAAGAGGAAGUUUAAUCCUGUGUGGCUGUGGAUGACAUUAGCUAGGGUCUCUGACACUAACUCCCAUAAUUACGCUUUGUUUUUUUACGCACGUGAUGAGCUUCACACUAAAGAUAUGUAGGCAAGCCAAGCUCUACCACCAGUUGUGGCAUAAGAUGCUGGUAUAUAUUAUACUCUUCUGUAAAGAGUCAAUCAUUAUGCAGUUCAUUGUUCUCUUAGCAGAACACGUACCACCACCA